AUUUGGCUUAUCUAAAACAUGUACGCACCUCCUCCAUCACACAUUUCACACUCCAAUUUGGAAGAAAAUUCAAAACAGAGACGAUUCAAUUUGCAGAGAUGAACGGCGCUAUGAAUAUGCACGGAGAUAUGGCGCCGCCGGCACCAGAUGCCGCCGUGAACAACCACCACAUGAUGAUGCACAUGACGUUUUUCUGGGGAAAAAACGCCGAAAUUCUCUUCUCCGGUUGGCCUGGUUACAACAACAUCGGUAUGUACGUUUUCGCACUUUUCGUCGUUUUUCUGCUUGCUUUCUUCGUCGAGUGGCUAUCUCACUCAAAUUACAUUAAAGAGAGUGCAAAUCAUGUGACGGCUGGGUUGAUUCAGACGGCUUUGUACGGAAUCAGAAUUGGAUUGGCUUAUUUAGUUAUGCUUUCUGUGAUGUCCUUCAAUGGCGGUAUUUUUCUGGCGGCGAUUGCCGGCCAUACGUUAGGGUUUUUGGUCUUCGGGAGUCGGGUUUUUAAGAAAUCGCCGUUGACGGCUUAUGCUAAAGCCUCCGAUCUUCCUUCUAUGCCUUGUAAUUGUUGAUGAAAAUUGAAAU